CGUCCAUUCCUGCUGAUGCACGGACUUAUAGGUUCGGCCGGAGACUUUGUGACGACGGGUGGCGCACGCGCUCUCGCUUUUCGGUUACACUUGCGCUGCUUCGACGUAUGGAUGCCCAAUGCUCGGGGCACGACCUUGUCACGAAAACAUAGAACUCUGUCAGCAGAUCAGCCUGCGUUCUGGGCAUUCACCUGGCAUGAGAUUGGCAUCUUUGAUCUACCCGCGGUAUUAGACUAUGUCCUAGCUAUCACUCGCCAACGCCAACUGCACUACGUGGGUCACUCUCAAGGCACCACCGUCCUUCUGGUGCUGCUCGCCCAACGGCAAGACUACAACGGUCGACUGGCUAGUGUGUCGUUAAUGGCGCCCGUCGCCUUCUUGAAGCACUUAAGCAGUCCGCCCUUAAACCUGCUGGCCAGCAAUACUUUGCGUCUGCUAAAUCAACUGGGCUUACACGAAAUAUUGCCCGCCUCGGCGCUAACUCAGGUGGGGGGUCAGUUCAUCUGCAGUGCCACGCUGCCCACCUAUGCGCUCUGCACGCUCUUCAUCUCCCUCUGUGUGGGCUUCAGUGACUAUCCGGCGGAUCGUCAUAUCUUCUCACACGUUCUGGAGACCACUCCCGCGGGCCUGUCGCUGCUUCAGCUAAAACAUUUUGGACAACUGAUCAAUGCUGGAAACUUUCAGCAGUACGAUUACGAAUCACCGAUUUUGAACAUUCAGCGGUACGGGCAGACGACACCACCGGUCUAUCAGCUGAGAAAUGUACAUGUACCGCUGCUGCUCUUUUACGGAACCCGGGAUGCACUUGCCAGUCUGCCGGAUGUGGCAAGACUAACCCGAGAGCUGAGCAAUAGUCGUGUUACGUUGUAUCAAGUUCGCGGCUACAAUCACAUUGACUUUAUCUAUGCCAGUUCGGCUCCAGUAUUUGUUUACGAACGCAUUAUCUACAAUGCUUGGGCUUUGGACACUGGGGCCAACAGCCAGUAG